AUGAUUACCAUGAAUGCCUCGUUCAGACUGUUGAAGCCCUUAUCAAGACAAUCAAAUCUCCUUAAACGAUAUAACAAAACGAUAUUACGCACUAUAAGUUGUUACACAAAAACAUUCAACAAUGUUUAUAAAGUUCCAUCGUUCGAACAAAAGAGGCUGUACAGCGAUUGGAACCCCAAUAUCGUCAAAUCACCUUACCCUGAUGUUCCAGUACCAGACACCACACUGUCAGAUUUUUUUUGGGAAAAAGCUGAAAAGUGGUCUGAUCUAACAGCUGUUGUAUGUGGAGUGACAGGAAGAGAAAUUAAAUACAAAGAGUUGCGGCUUUUAUGCAAACGAUUAGCAACCAGUUUAUUGAAAGAGGGAAUCAAGCCUGGAGAUGUGGUUGCAAUGAUACUGCCAAAUAUGCCUGAAUUCCCUGUGAUCGCUUUAGGCUUGCUUGAAGCAGGAGUUGUUGUUACAACAAUAAAUCCAUUAUACACAGCUGAUGAAAUAGUUUAUCAAAUAAAAAAUUCAAAAGCUGUUGGAAUCUUUACCAUUCCUGAAAAGUUGGAUACAGUUCUUGAAGCUAAAUCGAUUUUGGAACAAGAAGAUCCGGCCAAUCCUAAGAAAUUAAGAAUAAUUUCUACGAAUCAUGUUCUGGGAGAUGAACCAGAAUUACCUAAAGGAGUGGACAGGCUCACUCGAUUAAUAGAUGAUAAUGUCGAUAUAAGCGAACUUCCAUCUCUUCAGACCAAAUGCCAAACGACUCAUGAUGUGGCCGUUAUUCCAUACUCCAGUGGUACCACGGGCAGGCCAAAAGGAGUGUGUCUGACCCAUAGAAAUCUAAUCUCUGGAAUAAUAUCUAUGCACAUAUUGGGAGAUGUUGAAGACGCAACAAGUGGUCGUCAAGAAGUGGUACCUGCCAUACUCCCUUGUUUCCAUAUUUAUGGCUUAAGUGUUGUUCUUUUACAAAGCCUUUAUUGUGGAGGGAAGGUUGUAACGUUACCAAAGUUUGAUGAAAACUUAUUUUUGAAUGUGAUGAAGAAGUACAAGAGUACAGUUUUGUACGUAGCACCACCUCUCGUUCUUUACCUUGGUUCAAGCCCUAAUGUGACAGAUGAGCACCUUAGUUCAGUUAAAAUUAUUUUGUGUGGUGCAGCUCCAGUAGCAGAAUCUGAUAUCAUGAAAUGUGUAAAAAAAUCACCUCCUACUGUAUUUUACAAGCAAGGUUAUGGUUUGACUGAAACAUCUCCUGGGAUAUGUGCCAUGGAAAAAGGUAUAAAGAAAUACAAUUCUGUUGGAAUUGUAGCUGUUAAUACAUUAGUAAAAGUAGCUGAUCUUCAAACCAAUCAAGCUUUAGGAGCAAAUGAAGAGGGAGAAAUUUGUGUUAAAGGACCACAGGUAAUGAAAGAAUACUUAAAUAAUAAAAAAGCAACGGCUGAUGUAUUUGAUAAGGAAGGUUGGUUUCACACAGGAGAUAUUGGAUACUAUGACAAUGAUAAGCACUUUUAUAUAACUGACAGACUCAAGGAAUUGAUCAAAGUCAAAGGAUUCCAGGUAGCCCCAGCAGAAUUAGAAGCUCUCCUUAGAUCACAUCCUGAUGUGGAAGAUGCUGGUGUUAUAGGUGUUCCAGAUCCAAGAAAAGGUGAAUCGCCCAUCGCUUUUGUUAAGCGCAUAAAAAAUUCCAAAGUAACACAGGAAGACCUUAAGGCUUUCCUAGCACCAAAAAUUGCUAAUUUCAAACAAAUCGAUACAGUUGUGUUUGUUGAAUCUAUUCCAAAAAGUGCUUCAGGAAAAAUCUUGAGAAAAGAUUUAAAAGAGAAUUAUUUAAAAAAGAUUGAUUUAGAAGGAUUUUUGGAAACAAAAAAACCUAAAAACAGUCAUCCGAAUAAUCCUAAUGAACGAAACUAA